AUACGAAUACGAAUAAGAAGAACGAAUAGUCGCAACAAGUGAAUAGCAAAAACGAAGAAAGUCAAUGACAAAGCUGAUGAAUGUGAAUGACAGAGACAUAGCAUAACCGAAGAAAAGGAAGAAGAGACUUCGAAUAUGCAAAUGUCAAGUAAAUUGUCAAAAUCGGCAAUAACAAUGUCACUGCAGGUACGAAUGACAGCCGAUUGGACCAAUUUUAAUCUUCAAACAAACAAUUCAUAACUUUGAAUGUUUUGUUUUACUGCUUAGUGCAAUAAAAAUUAAAAUCCGGCGACAAGGAUUAAAGUAAAGCUAUUGCAUUUUUGUGAUCGACAAGUAUUUGAGUUGAAGAAAUGAGUGUGUUGUGUUAGUUGCAAUUUGGCAUUCGAAGUGUAAAAUUCCGAUCAAAUUGUUUGUUAGUUGUAUCAAUUCGGAGCAAAUAGAGAGAAAAAUUCAUCUAAACGAAGGGAAAAAAUUGUAGCAGAGUGAAGGAAAAACUGAAAUUUUCUGAGUAAAUUGGACAAUCAAUUGGGACCAUCACAUUCAAAAAGAAGGAUGACAAUUCAAGUGAAGCGGUUGUUCAUCAUAAUUACCAUAGUGACAACAUUGGCCGUGGAUUGUAUUCCACUGAGUCCGUGUCCGAUGAAUUUCCACUACGAGUUCGACGGCCAAGAAUGGAUUGGAAUAGCAAAAAUUUACCCACAAAUUUACAAUCGAUUUCGAACGGAUCGCAUAACAAUGAAUUUGUGGCUAGUGAUAAAUCAGCACAUGCCGAAUCUACAAAAUUUGAAUUUGCUACAGCUGAAAAAGUCGUUGCAAGCGACGUAUGAAGAUAUUGCAAAGCGACGACCAAUUCAAUAUCGCAUCAGCUUUCCAUUUCGGAAUAAUUUCCCCGAAUUACUGUUGAUACAAGUGAAUGGUGUUCAACUGUGCCGAAAUUCGCAGAUAUUUUACAUCCCUGCGCGCAUUGAGCUCAAAUAUACGUUUUUUUUGCCAACGGUCGAAUCAGAAGAGGAGCAAUUGGACGAGUAUGGCGCGAACAUGUCAUUUCAAUUCAACCCAAAUGCACCAGAACCAGCGAUUACCAAUUCAAUGAUUGAAGUGCCAAAUGUAGCGGAAAGAAUCGACGAAGAAGACGGUCAACAAAAGAAGCAUCCACGAUGGCAAAAACGUUUACUCGCAACGAACUCACAAUGUGGAACAUACGACGAAGACUUGAAAUAUACGCAACUCAUUAGUGGUGGUAAUAAAAUAAUGCCCGGCACGUGGCCAUGGUUGGUGGCAAUUUUUGUGAAAGAGUCAAGAGCGAGCAACCUUGUUUUCCAGUGCACGGGCAAUUUGAUAUCGAAUCGAUUGGUUUUGACAGCUGCACAUUGUUUCAAAUCCGACUCAAAAUUGGAACCCGUUGCCGCACGCAAGGUUGUAUUAGCAUUUGGAAGACAUGACAUUCGUGAUUGGACUGAGAAAAAUAUGGUGAUUUCCGAUGUUGACGAAAUUAUUGUCCAUCCAGACUAUUUGAGUAAAAAGGAUUCGAAGAUUUUUGAUGCCGACAUUGCGAUUUUAAUCACAAAGGACUUCAUUAGCUACACGUCAAUGAUUAAACCGAUUUGCCUGUGGCCAUCAUCAGUCGACGGUACUCAUUCACUUAUCGGAACCAAUGGCACAUUAGUUGGUUGGGGUCAACCGUUUGAAAAUGUCGACGAAAAUGUCCCCAGACGAUUGACCCUGCCAAUUGUUCGGAAUAAUCUGUGCUUUCCAUCAGAUCGAUCGACAAAUGCACGGCGAGUAUUUUGUGCUGGCACCGAAAAACGUGGCUACGCACCAUGCAACGGAGAUUCGGGCAGUGCGCUUGCCAUCUACGCGAAUGGCGCCUGGUUUCUUCGUGGACUCGUAUCAGCCGCACUCGGUGAUCCCAUUUUAAAUCGAUGUGAUCUCAAUACAUACGCCAUUUUCACCGAUAUCAUCAAUUAUCGCACUUGGAUUGACAGCCACAUGUGAAUAGUGUGGAUCGUUUUUUGAAACCAAAUGUUGUGAUAAAAUUCAGCUCAAGCAAAACGUAAUGAAGUCAUUUGCUCGCGAGUUGCUCGAUUUCAAAAAUUCAUUGACCCAUUCUUCUGUAUAUAAAUGUCUCCAUCAUUUUCACAAAGCUGAAUCAAUAAUUUUCGUAUUAUACAUAUUUAGUUUGAAAUUACAAACAUUUAACGCCGAGUGCAAUGAUCGCCUUCAUUUGUCAGCAGUUUAUUUGUACUGUAUCGUUAGGCUUGUUUAUGUUAUGACUUUGCAUUUUGCACACACACAAUAAAUAGUUAAUUUACGAAAAA